AUGGCGAUAAAAUUGUGUUGCUUCCCCAAGGAUCCACUGGAGGAUGUUGAAACUUGGAGUGAGUCUGUGGACAAAGUCCUCAGUUGUAAAGCCGGACAGAUAGCUUUCCGUGAGUUCCUGAAGUCCGAGUACAGCGAGGAGAACAUACUGUUUUGGCUUGCCUGUGAGGAGUACAAAAAAAUCAAGACAGUCCCCGAGAUGAUUUCCUCUGCCAACAGGAUUUACUCAGAGUUUGUCCAAACAGAAGCACCCAAACAGAUCAACAUAGAUUGUGGUACCAGAGAAAACAUAACAAAGAACAUCUCCCAGCCGACCCUGACUUCGUUUGAUUCAGCACAGAAGCUUAUCUACAGUCUGAUGGCCAGGGAUUGCUACCCGCGGUUCCUAAAAUCUGACAUCUAUCAGGGACUCCUGAGGAGAACCGAUUCAAGGUGACUGUUUUAAAACUGAUAGCCUCUCAGAUGGAGGCUCACGAAAUCUUCUCU